AUGGAUCUCAUUGGUCCCUGUGGCUGCACCCUCCCCUCUGGCUGUCCCUCUCUGAUGAUGCAGUGGUUCUAUUGUCCCGUGGUUCUGACCUCAGCAGGUUUGUUUCUCUGUGUUUAAUCCCCCUCCUCUGGGCGCCAGCGUAUAAAAGGGCAGGGCACGCUCCGAGCCACACACACUCUCUGAGUGAGGCAGAUCACACACACACAGGUAAGAGCAGCAGACACACACACACAAUACACAUGCUGGCGGCACCUGCAUACACCGGUAAAGGGAGUAGGGGGAGACAGAAGAUUGUCAACUGCUCAGCAGCAUUUUCACUUUGAAAUCAGUAAUUAGAAGUAGCUAGUUAUAAUAAUACGUUACAUUGAUAUUACACAUCACUAUAGUAAAACAUAUAGACUGCAUCCCCAACCCCAUCCUUUCUCCAAAUAUCCCUCUUCCCCUAAUACCCUCCAUCCAUUCACUCAUCCUCAUCUCGUCUUCCUUAUUUCAUAAUAGGGAAGUAUUCCCAGCGCGUUGAAUGUGUCUCCUUUACUGUUUUGAGACUGUUUCAUGCUCAUCCCCUCUCUCCCUCCAGUCAUCAUGUCCAGUGAUAAGUCCAAGGCUGCUUCCCAGACCGACGGGAAGGCUACCCAGAGCAAGAAGUCUGAGAUGGGCAUGAUGUCCUACAAGGCAAGUAGUCCCCAACUAACAGGCUCCAAUCUAAUGGAAUAUCAUUGGAUCACUGAAACAGUCAGACGUCAUCAGUGUUUAUGUUGUACUUAUCUGCCUGUCUCUCGUUCUCUGUUUCCCCCUCAGAUGUUUGUGUUCGACCAGGAGAACUUCCAGGGUCGCAUGGUUGAGAUCAGCAACGAGUGCAUGAACGUGUGUGAGAUGGGCAUGGACCGCGUCCGCUCCCUCCGCGUUGAGUGUGGACCGUGAGUCAACCACUCCAGUUUCUUUAACUAUAUGUUAGUUGCUAGAAUGUAAUAUUGUCCUGCUAUCUCUGUAGCUUUGUGGGAUAAUGGUAGAAGUAGCAGUAUAUUUACAUGCCUUUUAAUCAUAAUUAGAUAUGUCAAUGCGGCUGUACAAUCAUGUAACACUCUCUUUCUAUUCUGUAUAGCUUCGUGGGCUUCGAGCAGAUGAACUUCUGUGGUGAGCACUACAUCCUGGAGAAGGGAGAGUACCCCCGUUGGGACUCUUGGAGCAACUGCCAGAAGAACGACUACCUGCUGUCCUUCAGGCCCGUCCGCAUGGUGGGUACACUCCUCUCGCCUUCCACCAUUCCUCUCUCUUUGUCAUCUGUCAAUUCUGUUCUCUCAUUUUUCUCUCUGACCUCUCUUUCUCUCUCGCUCUCUCUUUACUCUCUAACUCUCUCCAUUUUUGUCUCUCUCCUGUAAAUGUCUCUCCUUCGUAACACCUCCCUCAUUCUCACACACAUCUAUCCUUUCCCCUCUCUCCCAGGACCCAGAGAAGCACAAGAUCUGCCUGUUCGAGGUUGGAGAGUUCAAGGGUCGUAAGAUGGAGAUCAUGGAUGAUGACGUUCCCUCUCUGUUCUCCUACGGCUUCACCGACAGGGUCGGCAGCAUCAUGGUCAGCUGCGGAACGUAAGUGUUGCUAUGGAGAUGGCAAAAGCAAUUAGCAAAAGCAAUCAGUUUAAUCUCACAACUAAGAACCCAUAGAUCUAGAAAGAAAAGAUUGUGGGAGAACGGCUGUUAUAUUAGUGACCUACGUAGUGGCAUAAUUUGGUCUUCUCCAUUUUCCUCCCAGCUGGGUGGGCUACCAGUUCCCCGGAUACCGUGGCUCCCAGUACCUGCUGGAGAAGGGCGACUUCAAACACUUCAACGAGUUCGGCGCCCGCCACCCCCAGUUCCAGUCCGUGAGGCGUAUCCGCGACAUGCAGUGGCACCAGCAGGGAUGCUACACCAUGGCCAGCAAGUGAGGCUCAGGGAAGGAGAGAAAGAGAAAGAGCGGAAGAGAGGGAGAGGGGCGGAGGAAGAGAGAGAGGGGGAGAGAUGUCUGAGGCCUUGCCGAACCCCUGGCUGAAGCUAACCAUCUGAAACAGCAAGGGAGAGGGGUGACGUUAAAUAUCUCCCACUCUGUGAAACCUCAAUGGAAGGACCACCUGGCUAGAGAACACCUGAAAAUCAGACAACCCCUCCAUCACUCUCUAUCUCUACUCUUCUCUCCUGUGGUCCAACCUUGACUCCCCCCCCCCCC